ACUGUACGGGAAACCGCCGAAGCUACUACCGGUCACUGUACAGACGCGACGUGACGAACGGAAAGCGACGACACAACACAGCAACACAACACAGGAAGAAAAGCCGCUCGUGUUCCGGCCGGCGUCCGCCACAUCACCGUAACCAAGUGAGGGCGGACGAUGACUCAUGACUCUAUUUGGAGGGGAACGGAGCCGGACGCCCUCUUUGGGGGGAAAACGCGAGCCACCGUUAGGUAUAAAAAGGGCUGUUGAGACCGCAGAGGCUUCAAAAGUCGCUCGCGAACCCAACUCGUCAAAACCACAUUAUUAAGUUCGGAGACACAAGCCGGCUUCACUCGAGAGACAUUACUCGGCAAGACCACAACGAAGCAAGAAGGAUAACCACUGUAGCUACUGGAAUAUUACUUAAUUUGGAGCCGCCAGAUUCACUGCUUUCUAUCACAAAAUCUACCAGACCUCCAGCCAUGGCUGUCAGUCUAACUUCAACGACACCAGAAUUUUUUUACGGUUUGUUCAGCGUAGUGUCGUUUCUGUGUUUCGGCACCGUACGGAGUGCACCUCUGAGUACCGUGGUUUUGUCCACGUUCGACCCAACCACGAUCACCGAGGCUGGUGGGUUACAGGUGCCGUGUGGACUCACGAGCACCUCCACCUCCACCGCUUCCUUCACCUUCCAGACCGAUUACGCCAUCCUGUCUCUGUACACAAACAGCCUGGUCGAGAAAUGCUCCAAAACUUUCAAGGAAUAUGAAGAAGAAAGAUUUGGGAUUGCACUGAGCGAGCUGAUGGAGGUCCCUCUCCCUGACAUCACCAGCCUCAGCACCCCCGACCUGUGCGAGGCAGAUCGCUUGGCUACCCACUACUUCAUCCUCGAUGGUUUCAAGAAAGCCAUGGUUGCGGUCAUCAAGGACGAGGAACAACACAACGGCAGUCGCAAUUUUAGAGAAGAUUUCAAAAGUAUGAGCCGCCUACUGGGCAAAGUACUGCAGGGAACACGAGACUUGGUUUGCUCCAAUGGACUCAGGGCUAGCGGUGAGAGUCGAGUAGAAGAGGCCCAGGAAUUCACGUUCCAGACGAUAUCCAGCGAGAUCAAGAGGAGUCUACGAGAUUACACGGUGCUGCAUCGGCUGAAUGAGUACGUCAAACAGCUCAAUCUGGAUAUCCGGGGGAGUCUCGGCCCCACUGGUGCGCCGACUGCGGUAAGUGGGUGCGCCAGGACAACCGUCUGAACGCACUUACUCCAAGAACACGCGACGUCUGAGUCUAGAAGCCAGGGAUGGAGGGUCUGGGGGUAAGCUGAUUCUGUCGUGCGGCCGCGGCGGUCCAUCUUUCACGGCGUGUGUCGAGCUCCAGGAGGGCGCCCCCAAAACAAGAUGACUUCCACAGCCAAGAUGGCGGCCGAGUCCAAUUUUGGCACAACGGAGGGCUGCAAUCUUAUCCAGCAAGACAUCAGGGAAUGUAGGCCGUCUACUCUGGUCAUGUUAUUCAGUGCACUCGGUGUUGGGAGAAUUUGUGCUUGAAACGCCUGUAAAGUGCUGAGUGGCUAUGGGAUUUCUCCGAAAACCUAAGGUCUGUGUCAUUUUUUGCUGUAACUUCUUCGGAUCUGAUACUUAAUCCCAUAGCUAUUCAGCAAACGCCAAAAAAGGGACUGAGUUAUCUUCAUACUUCACGACAUGGAUUGCGCGCAUCCGCCAUUUAUUUCACUCCUCAUUUUUGUCAUUCCAAUUAAGAACAGAGUCUUGGGAUUAUUGAUUGACGCAAACCUCUAUCUGUUUCUUAGGAUGUAUUUAAAAAAAAAUAGUUAACACUGCAAAUUCCUCACUCUAAUGAAACAUUCGCGGAACUUGAAACUAUGCAAGUACUAUUUUUUUGGCAAACAUUGUACUUGAUCGAGUGGCGUUAAAGAGGUUUUUUGUAUUUAUUGUUUAUCUGAUCAAGGGUUUGUAUAUAUUUUAUUUAUUGCUGAAGAGAUAUAUUUAUAUUUUGGAGAUAUCUUUUAUACAAAUCUGUCUUCAUAUUCCAAGGUAUCAGCUGUGAAUGAAUUAUGGGAAUUGUUUUUAUCCCAUGUCAUCAGCCAAGUCCUCCCCUAAACAAAUUAAAACCCACCCAACCAUUGUCCCAUACUCUCUUCUAAAUUAAAUUGCAAAAUACAUGUAUCCGUAAAAAAAUAAUAUUUAUAUUUUUUAAAAAGAGUUUCAAUUUGGAUGUAUUAGCAGAGUCCACUAUUUUAAAGAACAAGAUGAUCCCUUGUAUUUUAUUCGUUAUUUAUUCAAAACGUCUCGACUAAAACAGGAAUAGCAAUCUAUUUUUUAAUGUGGAGGCAGGUUCUUCCCCAAAAAUACAGUAAUAGCAACUUGGAAUAUGCAAAACAUAAUUAUGUAAUCUAAAAUGUUAGGUGUAGUGUUAAUUUUUAAUAACUGCAGUUUGGUUUUCUUUUAAUAUUUAUCUAAAAUGGAAUUCAGUGCAAUAGCCCAAAUGUUUGAUCAUAUUUGAUGAUUGGUUUUAUUCAUGAUUGUGGUGCAUGAGAAAAGGUGGUCUGUGGCGGUUAUUGGCCAAAAUGAAUUAUGAACGCAUAGUCUGGUGCUAUCCAGACAAUCUGUUAAAUAAAGUUUCCUGGCGCAUAAGCAGGGGUAUUUGUUAAGCACAUCGGCGCAAACGGUUACCAGCUCUAGAAUGACAUGCAAUUACUAUUCCUUGUGACAUGUUCUCAGGUGAUUUUUGCUAAGCGUAAAUUAGCAAAGAACUUAAGUACCCCCAAAAUAGUUGGGUCCCCCGUAGCGUGUCGACCCACCUCGUGGCAUUUCAAUCAGUCAAAGUUGGGUACAUGACCACCGUGUAAAAAAAUCUUCCUUUAAUGAAUUCUAAAUUGCUGAAAAGAGGUUAAAGUCCAUGUGUCACCAUUGUAGCAUAUGUAUUCCUAAUAAUUAAUUGUUUUAUUUGAUCUGAGCGUGUUUUACUAAUACUCUAUUCUCUAAUAAAAUAAUUUCCGAUAAAUAUUUCACAACAGUUUCUAGGGCCUGAUAAAAAAGUAUUCAAUUUCACCCUCACAAAAUUAAUGCAGAAAUCCUUUUUGCUUUUCUUCACCCCUGUUCAUUUUUGGCAUUAAUUGUGUUCCAAAAAAUACUUGUCGUGUAAUUUAUUCAAACUUAACUUAUUUAUUUAUUUUAUCGACAGGUUUUGUUCACUGUCAAUGCAAAAAAUAAAUUGAAAUAAAAAGUACUUUUUACCAAAAAAAGAAA